UCAACAAACCAAUGACGUCAGCGACAGGCGCUCAACGAUUUGAUUGGUGGAACAUUUCUGAGGUCAAAGUUUAACUUCCGUGUCACACAGCUAACAUGGCGGAUAAAGAGAAGAAGAAAAAGGAGAGCAUCUUCGACUUGUCAAAAUACAUCGACAAGCCGAUUCGCGUGAAGUUUCAAGGAGGACGAGAGGCCAGCGGUGUCCUGAAAGGGUUUGAUCCUCUGCUGAACCUGGUGCUCGACGGCACAAUCGAGUAUAUGCGUGAUCCAGAUGACCAGCUGAAGCUGACAGAAGACACCAGGCAGCUGGGGCUGGUGGUCUGCAGAGGAACCUCUGUGGUGCUAAUCUGUCCUCAGGACGGCAUGGAGGCCAUACCAAACCCGUUCAUACAGCAACAGGACGGCUAACACACACACAGUCUGUUGCCUGAUGAGUUGCAGAUGCACACACACACACAACCAUCCACACACUUGCAUAUUUUGAUGUUUUUGUUGUUUUAAUUUGUUUUAAUCAUCACAGUAAUAAUGAAUACAACAAGACAAUUUUCUGUUGUUAAAAAUAAUAAGUUGACCAGCAAAAGGACAUUUAUAAGCACUUCACUUUUGUUUCUGUCUGUGGUGGGCAAAUUUUCAAAGAUUUGAGUUGUAAAGAGCCCACACGUGUGGGAAGUGUUAACAGUACUGUUUUCCUUUUAUCCAGAAUAAGUAAACUUUUUACUUUUUGUUGUUUUUGAUAAAAAAAUAAAAUGAAAAUGUAUGUUUG